AUGGUCGUCCUCGCUGCAUCUAUCUGCACCCGGAGCGGCAAGCCGCUCCUCUCUAGGCAAUUCCGCCCAAUGCAACGCUCCCGCAUUGACGGUCUCCUGGCAUCGUUCCCCAAGCUCAUCCCUGCCAACUCGCAGCACACCACUGUCGAGACCAACGAUGUUCGCUUUGUGUACCAGCCAUUUGAGGAGCUGUUCGUGAUCCUCAUUACCAACAAGGGUUCCAACAUUCUCCAAGACAUCAACACCCUCUCCCUCCUCGUCCGCCUCAUCUCGUCGCUUACGCCCGCCAUGUCCGAGCCUGCGAUCCUCCACCACAGCUUCGACCUGCUGUGCGCGUUCGACGAGGUCGUGUCGCUGGGCUACAAGGAGAACGUCAGCCUCUCGCAGGUCCGUAGCGUGCUCGAGGGCGAGUCGCACGAGGAGAAGAUCCAGGAGAUUAUCGCGCGCAACAAGGAGGCCGAGGCCAAGGAGGAGCUCAAGCGUCGCGCCAAGCAGCUCGAGAUGCAGCGUCGCGAGCAGCAGCGUCUUGCCCAGGCCGGCCGUCACCACGGCGGCGGCGGCAUGGGCGGCAUGGCUGGCGGCUACCAGCCCAUUGCGUCGCCCGCACCCCGCUUCGAGGCGCCUGCUCAGCGCGAGUACCGCACCCCAAGUCCCGCGGCCGCGUCCAAGCCCGUGUUCAAGGGCUCGGGCAUGAAGCUCGGCAGCAAGAAGGGCAAGCAGAGCGACUUGAUCUCGCAGCUUGGUCACGAGGCCGAGCUCGAGCCUGAGCCUGAGAUGGUUCCCGAGCCUGAGCUCGAGCCCGAGGUCGCCGUGUCGGCGGACGUGUUGGAAAAGGUCGAGCAGGACGACAUCCACAUCGGCAUCAAGGAGCAGCUGUCGGCGACCCUCCACCGCGACGGUGGCCUCCAGGCAUUCGAGCUCAAGGGUGACCUCUAUCUUACUAUUUCGGACGAGGCCUAUGCCAAGACCAGCCUCAAGCUCGCCCCCAACGACUAUUCGGACCUCCAGUUCAAGCAGCACCCCAACGUCGCCAAGUUCGGUGCUGGCGACAAGGUUAUCGCGCUCAAGGACCAGUCGCGUUCCUUCCCCGUCGGCCAGGGUCUCGGUGUGCUCCGCUGGCGCCUGUCCACAAAGGACGAGAGCCGCGUGCCCCUCACCGUCACUGUCUGGCCCCAGCCCCGCGGCGACGGCUCGUCGGACGUUGCUGUCGAGUACGAGCUCGAGGCCAGCCACCUCGCGCUCAAGAAUGUCGUCAUUUCCAUCCCCAUUCCGCCCAACGCCUUCCCGUCGGUCACGGGCGGCGACGACGUCGACUGGUCUGCCGACCGCGGCGCGUUUGUGUGGACCAUUGACACUGUGGACGCCGACUCGCCUACAGGAUCCAUCGAGUUCCGCUGCGAGGGUGACGCCGACGACUUCUUCCCCGUCAACGUUGGCUUUGCCGCCUCGGGCUCGCUCGCCAACGUCGACGUCGAGAACGCCAUUGUCGGUGGCGGUGACCACGCGUUUAGCCAGGAGAAGAUUCUCACUGUUGACAAGUACGAGAUUGUCUAG